AUUUAAAAAUAGCUUUUAUGAUAUUAGUGUCAAAUGCUUUAUUGCUUCUUAAACAUGGAAGGCAUUUAAUCGGUCAUGUAGUAUAUAUGUAUAUAUUGUUUAUGUAUGUUACAUACAACAGCAUUCAAUGAGAGAAUAGGGCUGCUUUGCGCAGCUCAAGUGAGUCCACGAGGACAUUAGUGCUAUCCCACCACGUUUAGCUUUCUCCUUCAUUAAUUAUAUAUACCGUGGACGAAAUAUAUGAUUAGUAGAUGCGUGAUCAUCUUCGUAAAUUAGAAUUAUAAAUGUUUAAAUUUUCGAAUUUUCAAAUUCAAGAUUCUAUUAUACAUCUUGUAAAUUCCUUGAAGCUGAUUUAUAUGAGUAUGGACUGAUUAAUGGUUGGAAGACAGACUAUUCGGUAAAAAAUACCGUGCAGUCGUCGAAGGCAUUUAGUCAUGUUUGACAUAGAAAAUGUGCAAAAUAAAAGACAACUAAGUAUAUACUCUUCGUGAUAAAAGCUUCAUAACUGCGUUUGCGCUUUACUCUUGGUUACAAACCAAUCAGAACCAACAUGCGCAAGACGAACGAAAAUCGGUCAUUCGAUAACUCUGCCUUUUGCUGAAUUGACUAUUUUACAUACAUCAUGUAUAUACAUAUACAUACAUAAACAGAUACACAUUUAUACAUUUCUUAACCUUGCAUAAAUUUCUUGAACCGAAGAAAACAUGGUUAAAAAAUGACAUUGGAAAUAUACAUAUAUGUUUAUAUCUGUUAAAACUUUAAUAUACGUAAAAUAUUUAAUCCUUCGUACUGAUUCCUUUUUCUUAUUAUUUGAUGUCUCCUACCGGCAUCGUUCCUUUCAAAUAUAAAUGGAAUUUGUAUCAGUAUUCAAUAACAAUUAUUGUUUGUGAUCUUUAGUAGUGAAAAAUAAUAUUUUUAGGUAUCGAACAAUGACAGGUUUAAUUCAUAAAGUAAAUGGAUGAAAACAAUAGUCAGAACAUGACGGAAGAAACGGACAAAUUUCCCGUCAAUAUGUUAACGGCAGAAGGGUUGUUAAAGAACAGAGGUAUAAAGUGCCAUGCUUGGGAUGAGUAUGAAAGAUCAAUUAAAACCCUUCCAAAGACUGGAAUGAAACAGUUUGAACCAGAUAACUCUUGGUUGCAAAAUAUGCAACUUGAGAAAGGCAUUAUAACCCGUAAAAAUUUAUUAGCUGUGGAAAGGGUAGACCGUAUUUCUCAAUUAGCCAGUGCCGAAUGGUUGCCUGCACAAAAAAGGGCCAAAGUCAAAAAACAUUCUGGUCAAGACUGGAGUAGUUUUGGUUUGGAAAAAAAUGGUGCCUUGUACUUAAUACCAGAAGAAGCAUUGUUUCUUUUGGAAGCUAAUUGUUUGGAGCUUACAUGGAACGAUGUACCAUUAUCCAUUCAACAAGCUUAUGACCUUUUAAUUGAUAACAUCGAAUGUUCUUUAGAAGAGUAUAGAGUUUAUAGUCAAUUAGUACGCUAUGGUUAUCACAUACAACGUUUCAUUUAUGCUUCUGAAAGGAAUGUAAAGCAUGAUGAAAGUGUUAAUACAAAACGUAAAGUCAUUGUGGAGCCUGAAAAUGGUCUUUGGAUGAUUGAUACACAAGAAAGUAAAGAUUGUAUAAAUAUAGACAAUCAAAAAUCUAUCAAUUCUCCAGAAGAAACUAAUAGGGACAGUAAAAAACCUGAUGUUUCUCCACAAAAAACUAAUACAGACAGUGAAAAACAUGCUGAUUGUCCGAAACAACUUAGCAUAAUCGACGAAAUAUCUCUCGAUUGUCCAGAAAGAACUAGUAUGAACAGUAGCAUACCUGUAGAUUGUCCAGAAAUAAUUAAUAUGGACAACAGAAUACCUACAGAUUGUCCAGAAAAAAAUACAAACAGUGAGAAACUUGAUGAUUGUCCAAAACAAAUGAUUAAGGAUGAUACUGAUUCUUCCAUAGAAAUUUGUCAAAAUGUAACAGAACACAGUGAUGUAGUAAAUGAUGUACGUGAAGUUUUAAAUAAUCUUCUUGGUAAAAUAGGAAACACAGAAAUUCAAUCUGAAAGUGUUGAACAUGAAAGUAACAUAGAAAACUGUACAAAAUUAAAUACUGAUGUGGAAUCUGUGAAUAUAAAUGGAACUAAUAGAAAGAGAAAUUCUAGAGCAGAAAUUAUAUCAGAAGAAACCUUAUUAGGUAGUAUAAAAAUUGUCAAAGAUCCCUCAGCUGAUUACAGCAAGGAUGAUAAAAUGUUAAAUUGGCGCGGAUCGCGCAUACAACGAAAUGUAAAAUUAUUACCAAAAAGAACAGAUAAAGUGUCGGCUUCUGAUAUUUCUAUAAUUGAUUCCAAUACUAAAACUUUGGAACAUUGCUUAGGUAAACAUAAAUCAUCUUCAAUAUCGAAAGAAAAUUCACCAAUUAAAAGAUCAAAACAGGAGAUCAUAGAACUUUCUGAUGACGAGGUUCAAGAAGUACCAAAACCUAUGACACGAAUGGAAAUAUUGAAUUUAAUUCCAAAUAUAGCUUCUCAGUCUGCCAUAUCAAUAAAGGUUUCAAGAGGUUACAUACCACACAGCAUAAAACCUCAUAAAACUGUUUAUCAUUAUGAAAGCUCAAAAUUAAAAAACUUACAGCAAACGGACAAAAGGCUACGGCCUAACAAAAAUGUAGAAAGUUCAAACACAAAUCAAAAGACGCCACAAUCCUACAAUUCUUCCACGAACAAUAAUGUUAGAAGGAAUACAAAUAUUAUGCCAUUUCAUCAAAAUGUAACAAGUGUACAAAAUGUUUUUAUGCAGGAUUAUUUUUCUAUGCAGCAGGCUCAGCAUACAAAUUUUAAUCCUAAUUAUGUAUAUAUGAAUAGAUUACCGUACAUGUACAACCAAAGCUCAUAUUGGCAUCAUAGAAAUACUAUGUUCCAGAACAUGUUCGUUGCUGUAGAAAAUCAUAGCACUGCUAUACAUCAGAACAGAUUCAUUUCAGUACAAAUGAAUAAUUUUUUAGUACCAAAUAUUACCAAUAAUAUGAUAAGAAGUUCUAUUAGUCGCAACCAAUUUCACCAGAACUUUUAUCAGAAUUCUUUACGAAAAUUGUACCAUCACAAAGUUGUAGAAAACACGUCGAUUCACUGUAGUAUCGGUAGAAACGCGCUUUUGUCAGAACCUCGUCAAAGAUUUUGGUCAAGAAAUUAUCAGAGAAGUUCAAAUGUGGCAGCAAAAUCUAACGAUGAAGUUUAUCAUUCAUCAUUUAGAGCAUUACCAGGAACAUCUUCGUGGUCAGAAUUAAAAACUAAAUGGCGCGAAGAGAAAACAAUUACUAUUGACGAUGAAGAUACAGAAAAAGACAAGAUUGAAGAUAAUAAUGAAAUACAAGUAGUCGGACAAAUACGUAGUCCUCUUAUUGGGCCAAAGAAUGCAAAUAGUCUUGAAGAGAUUUUCAGCAAACUUAAAAUAAUUAAAUCUGCGUCCGAAAAAACUGUAAGAAGAAAAACGAAUAAAUACAAAAUAUCAUAUAAUGUUUAUUCGAAUACACAAAAUUACAGAAAAGCAAAUCCUGGGUUUCCACUUUACCGGAUAGUAGUAGUAAGGCAAGAUGAUCCAUUUAUACAGCCAAUUGAAUUACAUCGCUUGAUACAAGAUUCGGGCAGCACGCCGAUAAUAUUGGCAUGUGUUUCUAUGUCAAUUUCGUAUGUUCAACCGGGAUAUAUAUCUGUACAUAACUUGACAUAAUUAAAUUGUAAUACUCAUAUUUUAUAGUAUUUAAUUAAAUAUUCGUAUUUCUUUUUUA